AUGGCGACUUCCGACCCGGGCGGAUUCGACAAAGCCCGUCACAUUCGUUACUGGCAACGCUGCCACCGCUCCAUCCUCCCCAUCUACUACACGCCACAGGACUCCAUCCGCCUCACCCUCUCCUUCUUCAUCCUCUCCGCCCUCGACGUGCUUUCCCCGUCCUCCGACCCGACCUCCAACCCUAACGCCGCCCCUCUCAUCACCGACGCCGACCGCCGCACCAUCCGAUCCUUUGUGCUCUCCCUCAAGCACCCUGCCGGCGCGCUGGCCGCCGCUGAUGGCAACGACGACGAUGCGGCGGGUGCCUUUGCCCACGUCGACCGCGAGGGCACCUUGCGCUGGCUAAGGACCCUGCAGCGGCCAGACGGCAGCUUCGGCGAGGUUGUCGACGCGCAGGGAAACGUCCAGGGCGGCCGCGACAUGCGCUGCUGCUACCUUGCAGCGACGAUACGCUGGUGCCUCCGCGGCGAUGUGGCCGAGGGCGACGACGGCUGGGUCGAGGACAUUGAUGUUGAAGGCCUCAUCCGGCACGUGCGACAGGCGCAGACGUACGACGGAGGCAUGGCCGAGAGUUCGCAGCACGAGUCACAUGCCGGCUACGCCUACUGCGGCGUCGCUGCCCUUGCCCUCCUCGAGCGGCCCCUCGCCGAGAGCUCGACCCGUCCCGCCCCCGCCGUCAAGCCCGGCAUCCCCAGCAUCCCCGCCCUGCUCAAGUUCCUCGCCUGCCGCCAGUUUGCCUACAUUGAAGCCGCCGACUCCGAGUCUGAAGAGGAGGACCUCGAGACGGGUAACUACGUCGAGGGCAAGCCCGGGCCCUUGUCCUGCGACCCGGACGCGCUCUGCGUCGGGUAUAAUGGUCGGUGGAAUAAGAACGCCGAUACUACCCCGGAGGCCCCCGACGUCUACCACGCCUACCUCGGCCUCGCCGCCCUCGCCAUCAUGGACGAGUCCCCCGACGAGGCCCGCCAGCUCAAGCCGUUUGACGCCGAGCUGUGCGCGAGCGUCGAUACCGUGCGCAAGAUUGAGAAGGCGAGGGCGGGUUUGCUCCGGAGACGGUGA